AAUAAAUAUCUGAAUUUACUCCACUUUCUUACUGCUUUAAAACUUAGAAACUCCUCUUUAUUCCUAGUCUUCCUUUUAGGCAGGGUGGAGCCAACAUUUACUGAAGGUGAAAGCUGAUUGGCUGCAGCCCCUCUGCACUGAAACCUGAUUGGAAGAUAAGAGCUCAAAGUUGUUUCUGUUUUCAGAAAGUGAAACUCACACAGUCACUGUGAGUGAGAGUAGAAAUGGCGCAGCAAGCAGUUCAGCUGGACCGGGAAACUUUCUCCUGUUCGAUCUGUUUGGAUCUACUGACAGAUCCUGUGACGAUUCCCUGUGGACACAGCUACUGUUUCAAAUGCAUUAAGAGUCACUGGGAUCAAGAGGAUCAGAAAAGAAUCCACUGCUGUCCGCAGUGCAGGAAAACCUUUAUACCGAGGCCUGUCCUGGAGAAAAACACCAUGCUAGCAGCUUUAGUGGAGCAGCUGAAGAAGACUGGACUCCAAGCUGCUGCUGCUGAUCUCCGUUCUGCUGGACAUGAAGAUGUGGCCUGUGAUUUCUGUACUGGAAGAAAACUGAAAGCCAUCAAGUCCUGUUUAGUCUGUCUGGCCUCUUACUGUGAGAAACACCUUCAGCCUCAUUAUAAUUCAGCUACAUUUAAGAAACACAAGCUGGUGGAGCCGUCCAAGAACCUCCAGGAGAACAUCUGCUCUAAGCAUGGUAAGGUGAUUGAUAUCUUCUGCCGCACUGAUCAGAAGUGUAUCUGUUAUCUCUGCUCUGUGGAUGAACAUAAAGGUCAUGACACAGUGUCAGCAGCAGCAGAAAGGACUGAGAGGCAGAGAGAGCUGGAGGAGAGACGAGGAAACAUCCAGCAGAGAAUCCAGGACAGAGAGAAAGAUGUGAAGCUGCUUCAACAGGAGGUGGAGGCCAUCAAUCACUCUGCUGAUAAAACAGUGGAGGACAGUGAGAAGAUCUUCACUGAGCUGAUCCGUCUCCUCCAGAAAAGAAGCUCUGAUGUGAAGCAGCAGAUCAGAUCCCAGCAGGAAACUGAAGUGAGUCGAGUCAAAGAUGUUCAGGAGAAGCUGGAGCAGGAGAUCACUGAGCUGAAGAGGAAAGACGCUGAGCUGGAGCAGCUCUCACACACAGAGGAUCACAACCAGUUUCUCCUCAACUACCCCUCACUGCCAGCACUCAGUGAGUCUACACACUCAUCCAGCAUCAACAUCCGUCCUCUGAGACACUUUGAGGACGUGGCAGCAGCUGUGUCAGAGCUCAGAGAGAAACUACAGGACGUCCUGAGAGACUCAUGGACAAACAUCUCACUGAUGGUCACUGGGGUGGGUGUUUUACUGCCAGAACCAGAACCAAGGAGCAGAGCUCGAUUCUUAAAAUAUUCACGUGAAAUCACACUGAAUCCAAACACAGCACACACACAACUGGCACUAUCAGAGGGAAAUAGGAAGGUGACAUCAAUGGAUCAGCAUCAGUCUUAUUCUAGUCACCCAGACAGAUUCACUCACUUCAUUGAGGUUCUGAGUAAAGAGAGUCUAACUGGACGUUGUUACUGGGAGGUGGAGUGGAGAGGUUUAGGGAUUUAUGUAGCAGUCGCAUACAAGAAUAUCAGCAGAGCAGGAAGUGGAAAUGAAUGUAGAUUUGGAUAUAAUGACAAAUCUUGGGCAUUUUCUUCUUAUAAAAAUACUUUUAGUUUUGGUCACAACAACAUCUGGACCUCCAUCUCAGGUCCAGUUUCCUCCAGAGUCGGAGUGUACCUGGAUCACAGAGCAGGUAUUCUGUCCUUCUACAGCGUCUCUAAAACCAUGACUCUGAUCCACAGAGUCCAGACCAGAUUCACUCAGCCGCUACAUGCUGGAGUUUCUGUGUUUCCUGGAGGUUUUGCAGAGUUAUGUAAUCAAAAAUAGUCAAAAUCUACUAAAGGUUCAGUAAGUUUGAUUCUGAUUUUUGGUUCUCCAGCUGACCUUUUUUCUUGAUCAUUGUUGUUUCAAAAAUCAGUAGCCAGAUUGCACUUGAUUUUCUUCAAAUCAGAUUUUCUGGUUUUGUUGAAUGUAUUCAUUUCUUGACGCUCCUCUUUAAAACAGAUGAUCAGCACAAGAAUGUUUACGCUUGUUGUUUUUAGCACAAACUAUUGUGGACAAAUCAGAAUAAAACAAGGUGCUGUGGUGGCGCAGAGUUUAGCUGUACUUUUGGCGGGAUGCUGCCCUCUACAGGAAUAUUGUGUACAUGACAUAGAGAAAUUGUUUAUUAUUGCUUCAUUAUUUUUACUUACAUAGAAUGAAUCUGUUUUUAAUCUCUGAAUAAAAUUCUUAUUUGGUUCUUUC